AUGUCCAAGGGCAUCCUGCAGGUGCACCCUCCAAUCUGCGACUGCCCGGGCUGCCGAAUCUCCUCCCCGGUGAACCGGGGACGGCUGGCAGACAAGAGGACCAUCGCCCUGCCCCCUGCACGCAUCCUGAAAAAGGAGCCAGCCUCCAGCCUCCUGGCCAGUGAUGGCAGUAGUGACAGGAGCAGCCCGGCCUAUAGGCAGCGGCCAGGUGUGAAGCGGGAGGACGACCUUCGCGUCAGUAUCAUGAAGAGAAGGGUCCACACCCACUGGGAUGUGAACAUCUCCUUCCGAGAGACAUCCUGCAGCCAGGACAGUGAUCUCUCCACCCUCAUAUCCAGUGUGCACCGAAGCCGCCACCUCGUGAUGCCCGAGCCCCAGAGCCGCUGCGAAUUCCAGAGAGGCAGUGCAGAGCUCGGCCUGGGAGCCGCAGGUGACCUGUUGGGCAAGAGGCUGGGCCCCUCCCCCCACAUCAGCAUUGACUGCCCUUCAGAGAAGAAGGCCCGAAGCAAGUCCCCCCCAGAAACUUUGCUGCUGCCAGAGCUUGGGCCAGGCAUGGCCCCCGAGGAGCACUACCGCCGCCUCGUGUCAGCACUGAGCGAGGCGGGCACCUUUGAGGACCCCCAGCGGCUCUACCACAUGGGCUUACCCAGCCACGGUAUGUGCCCGAGCGACGCCCACCCAGAACAUGCUGUCACCUCUGCUGAUCUCCUGAGGGUCCGGCAGGAGGUGGCAGCUGCAGCUGUUCGGAGCCCCAGCGGACUGGAAGUCCACCUACCAUCCACAGGAGGUCAGCGUCGGAAGCAGGGCCUGGCCCAGCACAGGGAAGGUGUCACCCCAGCAGCUACCCCGUCCUUCCCUGAAAGGGAGCUGUCGCAGCCGCCCCCCCCUCUGCUGUCGCCUCAGAAUGCGCCGCACAUCGCCCUGGGUCCCCACCUCAGGCCCCCCUUCCUGGGGAUGCCCUCGGCUCUGUGCCAGACCCCAGGCUACGGCUUCCUGCCCCCCGCCCAGGCGGAGAUGUUCGCCCGGCAGCAGGAGUUGCUACGGAAGCAGAACUUGGCCCGGCUGGAGAUGUCCGCCGAGCUGUUGCGGCAGAAGGAGCUGGAGAGCGUACACCGCCCCCAGCUGCUGGCGCCCGAGCCCGCCCUGCGCCCACCCGACGGCGCCGAGGAGCUGCAGCGGCGCGGGGCCAUGCUGGUAUUGAGACACAGCUCGGCGCCGCUGCUGGCGCUGCCCCCCCAGGGUCCCCCGACCCCUCCUCGGGAGCCUGCUCGCCGGGCCGUCCAGAAAGGGGGGCCAGGCCCCGCUCCAGCCCGGCCCAAUGAGUCCAAGGAGACCACAGGGGCGGGGCUCUGGGCACAGGAUGGUUCUGAGGAUGAGCCCCCCAAGGACUCAGAUGGAGAGGACACAGACGCAGUGGCUCCAACCGUCCAGGGCCUCACCCUGGACCAAGCCUCAGCUGGAGGAAGGACCAGCGCAGAGGGGAAGAGGCUACUCUCAGGGCCCACGCUGCCCCCUGCACUGUCCCAGGGCCUCCCCUACACCAUCAGCCCGUACUUCCACACAGGCACUGCGGCGGGGCUCUUUGCAGAUGGGGAGGAGGCCACAGCCCCCGAGGAUGUCAGCAAGUGGACAGUGGAUGAUGUGUGCAGCUUCGUGGGGGGCCUAUCUGGCUGUGGGGAGUAUGCACCGAUCUUCAGAGAACAGGGGAUUGAUGGGGAGACCCUGCCCCUGCUGACUGAGGAGCACCUGCUGACUACCAUGGGGCUGAAGCUGGGCCCUGCACUCAAGAUCCGGGCCCAGGUGGCCAGGCGCCUGGGCCGAGUGUUCUACAUGGCCAGCUUCCCUGUGGCUCUGCCGCUGCAACCACCAUCCCUGCGGGCCCCUGAGCCAGAGCUUACGGCUAGAGAACAGUCCCCAUCCCCAGAAACGGCCACCUCCCACUAUGGUCAAGCCUCGCCCCAGCAGGAGAAUGGAACUGCCACCCUACUCCCUGGGGCCGCUGACCCCUCUCAGCCCCUGUGCUGAGCCCAGGUGCCCAGAACCCCUCCGCGAGACUGUU